GUGAGUGCGGCUCAGGCGGGCAGGCGCACAUGGUCGCUGCGAGGGGGUGCGCCGGAGCCGGGCAGCUCGACUCUCCUCCCACGUCCGAGCUGGACCGCAAAGGGCCACCGGCUCGCCUCGGAGAGCUCUCUAGACACCGCGAUCCAGGCGCCGGGGGGCAUCGGAAAGCCCCAGACCGUUUGCCGCUGAUUUGCCGCGCAGAGCUGAUCGCAGCCCCUCCAGAAAGAAAGAUCGACGGCCCUUGAGCUUCUCAACUGGGGGCCGUUUUGCAGCGCGCCCAAAGUCUGGGGAGGCAAUUUUAAUACAUAUCUAUUUUAAAAAGUUGCUUGCCUCACUGCAACCCGGAAAGCAGCAGCUUUUACCCAAAGGGGGAGGCUGGAAAAUCCCGUCGUGACCAAAGGCGGGAUCGAUUUCCACGCUUUACUUCGAAAGCGCAAGCCCGAGUUGGGGAGAAAAAAGGAUUCGCCAAGAGGAAGUCGGGCAAGCCACCCUGUGCCGGGGAAGGACGCGCGCCGUUUUCGGAGCCGCAGCUUUGCAAGGGGGUGGGGAGCUGCCCGUUCGCGUUUGGAUCGAGUUUCUCCUACACCUGCACUGAAGAUUUUUUUCCAAAAGAAAAGCUCCCCCCCAAUCCCCUCCUAGGUCUCCCUUUGAAAUGCAAGACUUCCUCCAUUCAGGUGCCUUUCCCUUCCUUUGGAGCCUCUGUCCUUUUGCCGCUGGUUUGCAACCUUGACUUUGCCGCUUUUGACUUUUCUCUCUCAAAAUACCCCUCUCUCUUCCCCCUUGCGAUAACCCUCCGUCAUGUCUUUCAACCACACCAUGAUUCCUUCUGCCAGCGGCACCUCCAAUGGGACUGGCGGGGCCGCCGAAAGUGGCAGGGCUCCUACCAUCCCCACGGUCAUGUUCAUCUUCGGGGUGGUGGGCAACUUGAUUGCCAUCGUGGUGCUUUGCAAAUCCAGGAAGGAGCAGAAGGAGACGACCUUCUACACGCUGGUGUGUGGUUUGGCGGUCACGGACCUCCUUGGCACCUGUUUGGUCAGCCCGGUCACCAUUGUCACAUACUUGCAGAAUAAGUGGCCCGGGGGUGAUGCGCUGUGUGAAUACAGCUCCUUCAUCCUCCUCUUCUUUGGGCUGUCCGGCCUCAGCAUCAUCUGCGCCAUGUCUAUUGAGAGGUACUUGGCCAUCAACCAUGCUUACUUCUAUAACCAUUAUGUGGAUAAGAAGCUGGCCGGGCUCACUCUCUUUGCCAUCUACGUUUCCAACGUCCUCUUCUGUGCUCUGCCCAGCAUGGGUCUGGGGAAAACGACCCUGCAGUACCCCAAGACGUGGUGCUUCAUAGACUGGCGGACCAAUGUGUCCACCUAUGCCGCUUACUCAUACAUGUAUGCUGGCUUCAGCUCCUUCUUGAUCAUGGUCACCGUGGUCUCCAACAUCUUGGUCUGCAUGGCGCUGAUCCGCAUGCACCGCCAGUUCAUGCGGCGCACCUCUCUGGGGACGGAUGCCACCUCCAACCGCGUGUCAGACUUUCGCCGGCGCCGCAGCUUCCGGCGCAUGGCUGGAGCAGAGAUCCAAAUGGUUAUUUUGCUCAUUGCCACCUCCUUGGUCGUGCUGAUCUGCUCCAUUCCUCUAGUGGUGCGUGUCUUCGUGAACCAGCUCUACCAGCCACCUAUAGUGACGGCUAUUCAGCAAAACCCGGACCUGCAGGCCAUCCGCAUUGCUUCAGUCAACCCCAUCCUUGACCCCUGGGUGUACAUCUUGCUUCGCAAGACUGUGCUGAGCAAAGCCAUCGAGAAGGUCAAGUGCCUCUUCUGCCGUAUCGGAGGAGUCCACCGGCAACACUCGGGAAGCAAUUGCAACUGCACUGAUGGCCGCAGGCCCUCUGCAACCACGACCAAUCAUUCCCCUUCCUUCAUCUCUCGAGAAUUAAGGGAGGUCAGCAGCACAUCCCAGACUCUUCUUUAUCCCCUAGAGCCAAGCGAAAACAGUGCGGGAGGGCGUAUGCUCUUGCCAGGAGCCAGCAGCAGCCUGGCCCAGUCAGACACUACGUCCAUAAGGACAUUGAGGAGCUCGGAAACCUCAGACUCUUCCCAUGGACAGGACUCUGAGAAUGUAUUUUUGGUGAACGAACUCCGGCCAAAUGGCGAGAUCAGCGCCGCCUCUAAAGGCAGCUCUCUGCAAGUCACCUUUUCCUGCGAAACACUGAAUUUGUCAGAGAAGUGUAUCUGAACAAUGGAAGGAAGGAGGAACUGGUACGGUGGACAUAGCAGAUGUCAACCCAUCUGUGAGCCUGCUGUUCCCGAGGCGCAGCCAAUGCGCUUUCACUUUCUCAGUCCGAUUGGAAUCGAGUAGCCAUUCAGAGUAAGGUGAACAGGGAAAGGGCACCCAUAAGAGACAAAGUGAUAGCCGUCCAGGGGAGAGUAUCCUAACUGCCAGGGCUGCUGCAUUUCGACACUCCGUAUGUGUCGUUUGCACCCUGAAGAGAAGAAAGAUGCAGCUGUGCAUAAAGAAGUGCUUUUCUUAUUGUGUGGUUGGUACGGCUCUUGCAGGCAAUGAAAGAUUGCCAAACACUUGUCAGGCCUUGCUAAUGUAAAGCAGAUGAAUGUAGUGGGGUCGGAAGCACUGGCUUCUACUUAUUGCCUUGUCUUGCCCCGGGACACAGUUUGUUUUCCGGAAGUCCAGAGUUGGAAAGUUGCUGUUUUCUUUUCCAUCCAAAUAUAAUUGAAGCAUACUUAUCCACCAUUCCUCUCCCUCCCCUGGUCACAUGAUAAGGUUCAGAGAGUACUAAAGACUAACACAGUUGCUGGUAGUUAUGUAGAAUAACCUCUACGGCUGCCCUAGCUAAUACAAAAUUGGGAGGGGAAAACCAGCCCUCUCCUCUAGUGUGAAAAAUGUGAAUUUCUCUGGCUGUAUGUUAUCUUGUGACUGAAUGUAUUUUAAGAAAUCUGUUCUUCUCUGUGAGAAGGUUAAUUACUAAUACAAAGUAUAGAGAAUAAUAUUAUCAGCUCCUCUUAACACCUGCUGAAAGAUGAUUUUUUUUUCAUUCAGUUUAUUUUCUAGACACAAACUCGACAGAUCAAAGCAGAGCUAAUUCUUAAAAUAGGAAUUUGGAAUUUAAUGGGAAUAUUUUAUGAUACUGCUGAGUAAAUAAAGGAAUGUUUUUUUUAAUGUUCCUUAUAGUGUGUAUGCAUAGCUGUUUAUGUUUUGUGAAUGUGUUCAGAAUACAGUGUCUCCUCCUACCCAUGGGACCAAUCCAGUUCUCUUAACUAUGAACAGUUUAUUUACCUUUGGUCAGUGUUUUUUGUGUGGUCUUCUAUGCAGGCAUAUGAUCGGAAAGUUUCCAACUGAGUUUUUUUGCACACUUAAGCUCCUAUUCGUGUGAUGCAGAGACUGCAUAGAAUUAAUACAUAUUUACAACUUAA